UGCACCUGAAGCAUUUUGGCGAUUAAGUGAAUAUGAAAUGCAAGAAAAGUCACAUACUAUUAUUCGAUUGCCAGUACACUUACCAAAUAAGCAAAAUAUUUUUUUUAGUGUUGGAAAUGAAGCUAAAGCUCUUCAUGUUGCGCAAACUCAGCAUACAAUGUUAACUGCAUGGUUUAAAUUAAAUGAAAAUGAUAUUAAUGCAAGAACAAUUAUAUAUCACAAUAUUCCAUUAUUCUAUAUGUUCCAAAAGUCAACUAAAAUAUGGAAAAAGCGGGUAAAAUACACUGAGAAAAUUAUUGGCAGAAUGUAUACUGUUUAUCCAUCAGAUAUGGAACGAUUUUGUCUUCGAUUGUUACUUUUGCAUACACCUGGAGCUAUAAGUUUCGAAGACCUUAGAACUGUUAACAAUUAUGUAUAUACUUCUUUUCAUGAAGCAGCUCUAAUGAGAGAACUACUAGAUGAUGAUAAUGAAUAG